AUGGCAUAUGAGGGCUGGACAGAGUGGUUUGACAGAGACAACCCUUCUGGAAGUGGAGACUGGGAGACGCUUUCCUCUCUUCGUAGGGAGAAUCCUGGGAAGAUCUGCCCUAACCCGAAAAGUAUUGAGGCCAGGACUCUGUCUGGGCGUAAUGCCGAGGACACUGGUGAAAAGAUUUACAAAUAUGACACAACAUCCGGAUUUGUCUGCAGAAUGAAGGAUCAGAGGGACCGGAAGUGCCAUGAUUACAAAGUUCGCUUCAGUUGCUCAUUUGAUACCUGUGAAAAUGUGUGCUGGACCAAGUGGUACAAUCGAGACCACCCCAGUGGAUCUGGUGACUGGGAGCAUCUGAGUGCCCUGAGAAAAGAAAAGCAUGGUGGAGACCUUUGUGCCGAUCCUGUCUAUGUUGAGGCUGUUACUGUUGAAGAUGAGAUUCCAGCUCUCAAGACAGGACAAAAAUUCCAUUACUACAGCCCUGGAAAAGGGUUUGUCUGCCGCAAUAAGGACCAGAGAUUUGACAAGUGCAGGAACUACAAAGUUUGCUUUGGAUGCAGCUGUCGCUCCGUUGCCUGAGUCUACUCCUGCAAAUGAUCAGAGGAAAAAAAUUGAAGUUUUAUUUAAAUUUCUUUGCCAUUUCUUUAUCCUUUUAGUCAUU